AUGUUCAGUCAGCGCCUCUUGACUUUUGUUUCCCUCGUCGUUUCCGCGUAUGGCUUGAUCUCGCAGACCGAAUUGGAGGAAAACACCGCAAAGGGCCUCAGAUUGAUCAGUCUUCAGGAUGGCGUCGACCCUAUCUGGAUGACUGAAGAAGAAAAGCUGAGGCUCAUGGCCGACGACACCAACUUCUUCGAUGUCACCGAAUUUUACGAUCCUGAGGAAGAAGCCUCCGAUCGACGAGUCGCUGCAGCGUUGGAGAUUACCUACACCGCGGUUACUGCUCGACGACCAGAGGUCGUUGCUCUUCUGGCACAGGUUUCCCAAAGCCAGAGCCAGUCCUACCUCAACUCCCUUACCGCCUACAACAACCGUUACUACCGCACUCAGGAUGGCGCUAACGCCGCGAUCUGGAUCAGGGAUACCAUUGCUGCUAUCGCGUCUCAGAAUCCUGCAAGCCGAGCAACCGCCACCCUCUUCACCAACAGCUUCGUGCAAGGCUCAGUCAUCGGCACCAUCCCCGGCACAAACCCGUCCCUUCCCCGCAUCAUCCUCGGUGCUCAUCUUGACUCUAUCAACAGCUCGAACCCAACGAACGGAAGGGCUCCUGGUGCCGAUGACGAUGGUAGCGGCUGCGUUAACCUGCUCGAGGCCUUCCGCGUUCUCGUUUCGUCCGGUUUCCGACCAUCCGCAACCGUGGAAUUCCAUUGGUACGGUGGCGAGGAGGCUGGCUUACUCGGUUCGCAGGCCAUUGCCAGGAAAUACAAAGCUGACGGUGUACAAGUCAAAGCCAUGAUCAACUUUGACAUGACCGCAUUCUUCAGGCCAGGAUCGAGGGAGGUCAUCUCAUUGGUCCCCGACUACGUCAACGCCAACUUGAAUACCCAGCUUGGAACCAUUAUUGACACCUAUCUGAGGUUGCCCUGGGUUAGAGGUGAUCCUUGUAACUAUGCUUGCUCGGAUCACGCUCCAUGGCACCAGCAAGGAUACCCUGCAGCGUAUCCCUUCGAGUCUCUCGACGUCAACAUGAAUACAGUAAUUCACUCGGCCAGCGACACCACCAGUUUGGCAGGCUUCUCUUGGAGCCAUCUCCUUGAAUUCACCAAGCUCGCUGUGGCUGCUGCCUACGAGUUGGCCAUCUGA